UCCAACCAGCGUUUGGAAUUUUCCCACUUUUGGUUUCUCUCUCUCAACUCUUUAUGCUGACAUUCUCAAUUUGAGUGAACAAUAUCAGACAAUCGGUGAGCUCGCCAUAGUUGGGGCUCACGUUUCUUCUCCUUCUUCCUCCUCCCUUCUCUUCCCCUCCGAUCGACUUCCGUUUCCGUUCUUUCACCGCCGACGACUUCGAUUAUGUUUCUUGUGGACUGGUUCUAUGGCGUCUUGGCCUCCCUUGGUCUCUGGCAGAAAGAGGCCAAGAUCCUGUUUCUAGGCCUCGAUAAUGCCGGAAAGACCACCUUGCUUCACAUGUUGAAAGAUGAGAGAUUAGUACAGCAUCAGCCGACACAGUAUCCUACUUCGGAGGAGUUGAGCAUCGGGAAGAUUAAGUUCAAGGCGUUUGAUUUGGGAGGCCAUCAGAUUGCUCGUAGAGUUUGGAAGGAUUAUUAUGCCAAGGUCGAUGCCGUGGUAUACCUAGUGGAUGCCUAUGACAAGGAGAGAUUCGCAGAAUCGAAAAAAGAACUUGAUAACCUCCUUUCUGAUGAGUCGCUUGCAAAUGUCCCAUUUCUUGUGUUGGGGAACAAGAUCGACAUACCCUAUGCUGCCUCUGAGGAUGAAUUACGAUACCACCUUGGCCUAACCAACUUUACCACUGGAAAGGGGAAGGUAAACCUAGCAGACACGAAUGUUCGCCCAUUGGAGGUGUUCAUGUGCAGCAUCGUCCGAAAAAUGGGGUAUGGUGAUGGCUUCAAAUGGCUUUCUCAGUACAUCAAAUAGGUGAUAGUUUGCCAAUGAUUAAAGCUAUGCCAUGACACAGACACAGCUUAUACUAGCCACAAGAUGCAGUAGGCGUACAUGUACUGUUGGUUCCAUGUGGAUGGAGGUUGAUACCUCUAUGACUGUUCUGUAAAAUUUGUUCAGCGAUUGUUUUGUUUAUUGGCCAUGCCAUCAGCUUGGCACGUAUGCAUUUCUCUUCUAGAUCCGACCAGCAGAAUUUUCCCUUUUCUAAAAGUGUACUUGAAGCAAUACAGCCUGUGUGAUUUAUUUUGAGUAUAAAAUGUAUGGUUUUUGAAUGUGAA